AUGGUCGCCUGCCCAAUCUGUCAGAAGCCAGUGAAGGAAGCAGCUAUCAAUCGACAUAUCGACUCCGAGUGUCAGAACUACCUCGAGGAGCCGAGCCCACCACCUACGCAAGCCAAUGUCACGAAAUCGAAAGGCUCGAAGGCUGCGACCUUCUUCACACCAGCUGCGAAGCGCAAUGUCAGCUUCAGAGAUGAGGCAUAUGAGUCGGGAUCAUCGCCGAUAGUGCAGAAGCAGUAUGCCAAUACACAGCAGCCGGCAGCGAAGCCACCUUCAUCGACAGCACCCGCUCCCACGACUAGUGUCAAGCGGCCUCUGGAGUCACAUAACGAUGUCUCAAAUCACGAUAAACAUACAGCGGAACCGAGUCUGCCAACGCCAAAGAAGCAAAAGCACGCUCACGCUCCGCUGGCAGAGCGUAUGCGACCACAAACCUUGGACGAUGUCGCAGGACAAGAGCUCGUAGGAUCGAGUGGAGUGCUGCGCAACCUCAUAUUGACAGACAGGGUGCCAUCGAUGAUAUUGUGGGGUGGGCCAGGCACAGGAAAGACAACUAUAGCAAGACUCAUUGCACAAACGGCAGGCACACGAUUCGUGGAGAUCAACAGCACUUCUAGUGGUGUCGCCGAAUGCAAAUCGCUGUUCGCUCAGGCGAAGAACGAAUUAGCUUUGACGGGAAGGAAGACCAUCAUAUUCUGCGACGAAAUCCACCGUUUCAGUAAAUCUCAACAGGACGUCUUUCUAGCACCAGUCGAAUCGGGGCAGGUGACUUUGAUUGGAGCCACGACGGAGAACCCGAGCUUCAAGGUGGUCAAUGCACUUUUAAGCAGAUGCAGGACUUUCACAUUAGCCAAGCUGUCUGACGAGGAUGUCCUUGGAAUUCUGAAGCGAGCGCUAGGCCGAGAGAUGCCAGAUGCGACUAUGCCUGAGCAACAGCCGACACAGGACGAUCAGGAUGAUCACACAGACCCAUCGACCUCCCAGUCUAGCCACCACCUUCUGUUCGAUGAAGAUCAUGCUCUGCUCCGCUACUUAGCAGCCUUCAGCGAUGGUGACGCACGAAGUGCCUUGAAUCUACUCGAACUCGCACUGGACCUGUGUGAGCGGCCUGGUGUGAGCACCGUUGAGAUCAAGUCCAGUCUCACACAAACACUUGUAUAUGAUCGGGCUGGCGAUCAGCACUACGAUACAAUCUCGGCGUUCCACAAAAGCGUGCGCGGCAGUGAUCCAGACGCCGCACUUUACUAUCUGGCCAGAAUGCUCCAGUCUGGAGAGGAUCCUCUGUAUGUGGCGCGGCGGAUGGUAGUCAUAGCCAGCGAGGACGUCGGGCUCGCGGACAACAGCAUGCUAUCUCUAGCCACUGCGACAUAUACGGCGGCUCAGACCAUCGGUAUGCCUGAGUGUCGGAUCAAUCUAGGUCAUUGCGCGGUAGCGCUAAGUAUGGCCCCGAAGAGUACGCGGGCCUAUAGAGGACUGAAAGCUGCAUUUGCCGCCUUGAGUGAGCCUGGUAUAGCCGGCUUGGCAAUUCCAGUGCAUCUGAGAAAUGCUCCCACCAGACUCAUGAAGGAGCUCGGCUACGGCAAGGACUACAAAUAUAACCCCGACUAUGUGGAUGGCCGCGUGGUGCAGAAUUAUCUGCCUGAGAAGCUGGAAGGCCGCAGGUUCUUAGAUACGAAAGACCUUGGCGACGAGGUCGAUCCCGAGAUAGCGGAGUUGGGCGAGCAGGUCCGAGCGGCAGCCGUCUGCGAGCCGGGAGACGAUAUAUUGCUGAAUCCGGACGGCGAUUGA